AGCAUCCGGUCCUGCGCAGUCUUUCACCAACAUGGCGCUGGCAAAGUCCGUCUACAAUCUGCUCUUCAGGAGAACGUCUACUUUCGCUAUAACCAUCAUGGUUGGAGCAGUCUUCUUUGAACGAAUAUUCGACCAAGGUGGCGACGCGAUUUUUGAGCAAAUGAAUCACGGGAAAUUAUGGAAACACAUCAAACACAAUUAUGAGAACAAAGACGAGGAAUAGGACGGGGUAAUCUGAGGCUAAAGUGCAACUGUUGUCACACUUCCAUCAUCCAUUCUUCCUGGACUCCACACCUGAAUCAAGCAGCAGUCAACAUGGACAAUGUGCUCAGAGUCAUGCCCAGGCUGGCAGCGGCUACCAGAGGACCUGUGGGAGCUGAUUAACUGCCCAGACCACCAUGAAGAUGGAGCAAUGGUUCUUGCCGUCUCGCCCCCUACUACCCUUUCCACUGUUGUUAUUUGUAAUGCCUUCGUUCUCCUCCCAGAUUGUAAAUGGUUAAAUUAAACAUGUUAAUGUCUUACA